AUGCGGGCGGCGGUGGCGGCGGUGCUGGCGGCGGUGCUGGCGGCGGGGGCAGCGCUGCCCCGCCGGGGGCUGCUGCCGCACGGCCCGGCCCGCGGCGAUGCCCGGCUGCGGCCCGGCGACGACGAGAGCUCGCCCGGGGUGCCGCUGCGCCGCGCCCUGCGCCUCUACGGCCGCGCCGCCCGCCGCCUCUACGUGGGGACCAACGGGGUCAUCUCCACCCAGGAUUUCCCCAGGGAGACCCAGUACGUGGAUGACGAUUUCCCCACAGACUUCCCCGUCAUCGCUCCCUUCCUGGCCGACCUCGACACCUCCGGUGACAGAGGCAACAUCUACUACCGGCAAGACGACUCUGCGGAUGUGCUGAACCAGGCUGCGGGCUACAUCCAAGCCGGGUUCCCCGGCACCGCCGGCUCUUUCGUGCCCACCAAUGCGUUCAUCGCCACCUGGGAGGACGUGGGCGCCUACCAGGAGCUCUCGCAGGACGCCGAGCCCUCCAAGAAGCUCAACACCUUCCAGGCGGUCAUAGCCUACGAUGAUGAGGACACCUACACCAUCUUCCUCUACCCCCACGGCGGCCUCCAGUUCCUGGGGACGCGACCCAAGGAGUCCUACAACGUCCAGCUGGAGCUGCCAGCCAGGGUGGGCUUCAGCCGGGGGGACGGCGACGACCCGAAGAGAGACGGGCUCUUCCACAGCCUGGCCAGCAGCGAGCAGGCUCUGAGGCACCUGGAGCGGGAGAGCAACGCGGGGGUGCCCGGCGUGUGGGUCUUCCACGUGGGCAGCGUGGCCCCCCUGGAGCACGUGGAGCCGGGGGUUGGCGGGGCAGCCAGCCCCGGCGUGCUGCAGAGCCCCGAACCCCGUGUCCCUGGCACCACCGACUACGCCCGCGCGCUCUACAGCCGUGCCAACCACGCAUCCAUGGAGCUGCCCACGCAGCACGGCUCAGAGGCCAUGUCACCGCAUCCUGACCACGGACCCCACGCCCCGGCGCUGCUGGCCAUCGUCCCCGAGGGGCUACCCGUGUCCCCGGGGCAGGAGCGGAGCCGCCGGCUGUACCCCGAUGGGGACGGUGGCACCCAGCAGAGCUACUCCCCCAAUCCCUCUUCCUACAGCUCCGGGCAUCACGGCGUCGGCGUGGAGGAGGACGUGCAUUUUAACCCUGACGUGUUCACCUACAGUGCCGCCAGCAAGGAGACGUGCGCCCGGCACCACGGGCGCUGCUCCCCGCACGCCUUCUGCACCGACUACGCCACCGGUGUCUGCUGCCACUGCCGGGCCACCUACUACGGCAACGGGCGGCAGUGCCUGCCCGAAGGGGCCGUGCAUCGCCUCAACGGAAAGGUGAGCGGGAGCCUGACGGUGGGACGGGCGUCCGUCCGCUUCCAGGACGUCGACCUGCAUGCCUACAUCGUGGGCAGCGACGGCCGAACCUACACGGCCAUCAGCGGGGUGCCCCAGCCCGCUGCCCGCGCCCUCCUGCCCCUCCUGCCCAUCGGCGGGCUCUUCGCCUGGCUCUUCGCCCUGGAGGAGCCCGGCUCCGAGAACGGCUUCAGCAUCACCGGCGCCGAAUUCACCCAGAGCCUGGAGGUGACCUUCUACCCCGGGGAGGAGACUGUCUAUGUCACUCAGACGGCCGAGGGUCUGGGGCCGGACAAUUACUUAAGCCUUAAGACGCACAUCCAGGGCCAGGUGCCGUUCCUCCCGGAGAACGUCACUGUCCACAUCGCUCCCUACAAGGAGCUCUACCACUACUCCAGCUCAGCCGUGACAUCCUCUGCUCAGCGGGAGUACGUCCUGGCCGCGGGGACCGCCAACCAGACCUUGUCCUACCGCCUGCGCCAGAACAUCACCUUCGCCGGCUGCCCGCACGCCCGCCUGCCCGCCCGGCAGCGGCUCAGCGUGGCGCGCGCCUUCACCCUCUACGACAGUCAGGAGCACGUCCUGCGCUACGCCCUCGCCGCCCGCGUCGGCUGGGCACGAGAUGAUGCCAAUAAUCCCCCGGUGAACCCAUGCCACGACAGCACGCACGUGUGCGAGGCAACGGCGCGCUGCCAGCCCGGCGUGGGGAUGGAGUACACAUGCGAGUGCGCGGACGGGUACCGCAGAGAGGGACGGGGCUGCCGAGACGUGGACGAGUGUGCGGAGGGCCUGAGCCAGUGCGGCCCCUUCACCAUCUGCCUGAACAUGCCGGGCAGCUACCGGUGCGAAUGCCGCAGCGGGUACCGUCCGGCAGAGGAUGGGCAGACGUGUGUGCCACUGGCGCCGGCGAGCAACCCCUGCGAGGAUGGCAGCCACCCCUGCGCUCCGGGGGACCGGGCACGUUGCCUGCCCCGUGCUGGGGGCCGCCCCGCCUGCGAGUGCCUCCCCGGGUACGCCGGCGACGGCAUCGACUGCUCCGACGUGGACGAGUGCGCCGAAAACCCGUGUCACCCAGCUGCCACCUGCUACAACACGCCGGGCUCCUUCUCGUGCCAGUGCCAGCCCGGCUAUGAAGGCGAUGGCUUCCAGUGCACGCACGCAGAAGGGAGCACGCAGCGGCUGACGCCCUGCCAGCACGAGCAGCUGUACCCACGGGGGGUGCCGCCGGGACCCUCGCGCGUGGGUGACGGGCACAUGCCCCAGUGCGACGAGGAGGGCCGGUACCGGCCCCUGCAGUGCCACAGCAGCACCGGGCACUGCUGGUGCGUGGACGCCGCGGGGCAGGAGAUCGCCGGGACGAGGACGGCGCCGGGCAGCACGCCGCCUCGCUGCGGGAACCCAGAGUCCAUCCAGCGACUGACGCCCUGCGAACACGAGCGGCUGUACCCGCGGGCGGUGCCACUGGGACCUUCGCCCGUGGGUGACGGGCACGUGCCCCAGUGCGACGAGCAGGGCCGGUACCGGCCCCUGCAGUGCCACGGCAGCACCGGGCACUGCUGGUGCGUGGACGCUGCGGGGCAGGAGAUCGCCGGCACGCGGACGGCGCCGGGCAGCACGCCACCUCGCUGCGGGAACCCAGAGCCCACGGAGCGGCCCCGCACCAUGUGCGAGCGCUGGCGGCAGAGCUUGCUGGAGCACUACGGGGGCAACCCCCGCAGCGACCAGUACGUGCCACAGUGCGACGCGGGCGGCGACUUCACCCCAUUGCAGUGCCACGGGGACAGCGGGUACUGCUGGUGCGUGGACGAGAGCGGCAGGGAGAUCCAGGGCACGCGCUCGGAGCCCGGCAGCACCCCACCAUGUCUCCCCAGCAUCGCACCGCCCAGCGUCCGGCCCUCGCCCCGGCCCGAUGUGUCCCCACCAGCCACGGGGACCUUUCUGCUCUAUGCUCAGGGACAGCAAAUCGGCUACCUCCCGCUCAACGGCACGCGGCUGCAGAAGGAGGCGGCGAAGACCCUGCUCUCCCUGCAUGGCUCCAUCGUGGUGGGGAUCGACUAUGACUGCCGGGAGAAGACGAUCUAUUGGACCGAUGUGGCCGGCCGGACGAUAAGCCGGGCGAGUCUGGAGCCAGGCGCUGAGCCGGAGACCAUUAUCAACUCAGGGCUCAUCAGCCCCGAGGGGCUGGCGGUGGACCACCUGCGCAGAGCCAUGUUCUGGACCGACAGCGGCCUGGAUAAGAUCGAGAGAGCCCGGCUGGACGGCUCUGAGCGGCAGGUGCUCUUCGACACGGAGCUUGUCAACCCCCGGGCCAUCGCGGUGGACCCCGUCCGAGGCAACCUUUACUGGACGGACUGGAAUCGUGAAGCACCCAAAAUCGAAACUUCCACUGUCAAUGGAGCCAACAGGAGGGUCCUGGUGAACAAGGACAUCGGCUUGCCCAAUGGCCUGACGUUCGACCCCUUUUCCAAGCUGCUCUGUUGGGCAGACGCAGGAACGAAGCACCUGGAGUGCACACUCCCUGAUGGCACGGGCCGGCGUGUCAUACAGAACAACCUCAACUACCCCUUCAGCAUCAUCAGUUACGCCAAUCACUUCUACCACACGGACUGGAGACGGGAUGGCGUGAUAGCUAUCGAUAAAGAAACUGGCUCCUUUACCAAUGAGUAUCUGCCAGAGCAGCGGUCACAUCUCUAUGGAAUAACUGCAGUUUAUCCCUACUGCCCUGGAGCAAAGAAAUAGUAACUGCUAUUUCAAGGAACAACUAUCUUUGCACCCAAAAGAACUUCAGACCCAGAAAACUGUCACUGCAUACAGCUAAGGGGGGAAACCCUUAACCGAGGCCAAUGAAGCGACCUACUUUCCUGCAAAAGAUUAUGAAGUAUUUUUUGAAGUUAUACCUCAAAGUCUUUACUACUGUAUUUUUUUUAAAAAGUGAAAAACAUUGAUGUAUUAAAAAAAAAAAAAUGGUCCUGUGACUCUUAGGCCAUUACUCUAACUCUUGCUUAUGCAAGCAAAUUUAAAAGGUAGCUUUCUUAUUCAAAUGUUUUAUUUUAUUGGAAGAAGAAUGGAUUAAUUUUUAAUAGUUUUGACAAUCUGACCAACAGGUCCUUUUAUCCAAAAAUAAGCGCCUAGGGGGGGGCUUUGGAUGCAGUAUCUUGCUGGGUCUAAGUAAUCUACAGCCCUGAAGACAGAGACUGUGUGUGUUCCAAAAGUCUGCAGAACAGUUACGUGAUACGGCAAAGGCAUUGAAGUUUUUCCAGAAGACAAUUCUGUAUUUUCACCACUGCCUCAAUGCAUGUCUUUUAGUAUUUAUAUUAGAAGAAUAUGCUAGAAUUGAUCUGUUCAUGCUUGUUGGUUCUUUUAAGUGCCUUCAUAGACCUACCCAGUGUAGACCAAUACAUGUUCAGAAAUACCAUUUACGUUGUAACGCUUCACUUUUUCUAGGUUACUUCAAUAACUGAAUAAAAUGGUUGUUUUAACUUUC